AUGGGUCGCAGCCAGAGCAAGCUGAAGCCCGAGGUGCUGGAGGAGCUGCUGGAGGUGACCGAGUUCACCGAGGAGGAGAUCUACGAGUGGUACCGCGGCUUCGUCAAGGAGUGCCCCAACAACUACCUGACGAUGAAGGAGUUCAAGAAGGUCUACGAGCGCUUCUUCCCCGACGGCGACCCCGCCCUCUUCGCCGAGCACGUUUUUCGCACAUUUGACCUUAACCAGGACCGGCAGAUUGACUUCAGAGAGUUCCUCUGUGCGCUGUCGAUUACCUCGAGGGGACGAAUUGAGCAGAAGCUGAGGUUGGCCUUUUCCAUCUACGACAUUGACGGGGACGGAAAGAUUAGCCGUGAUGAGAUGCUGGCCAUCUUUGAUGCGAUGUACAAAAUGAUCGGCAAAAUGAUGAAAUUGGAGGAGGACGUCUCCACGCCGGAAAAGCGCACCGAGAAGAUCUUUCGACAGAUGGACUCAGACCAUGAUAACACACUGUCGCUGGAGGAGUUCAUCGACGGCGCUCGCACUGACCCGUCCAUCCUUCGGCUGCUGAACAUCUUCUAA